CGGCACGUGAGCGGGGCGGGACGGGUAGGAACGCGCACGCGGGCAGCUGCGUUUCCGGCCGGAGGCCUGUGCUGAGCUCCCCGCGUCCCUGGGGGGCGGUGGCGGAGGCGACCGAGGCAGCAGGGGGAUCCGGAAGUCAACACCAUGUCGAGUCUGCACAAGAGCCGGAUUGCAGAUUUCCAGGAUGUCCUGAAGGAGCCCACGAUCGCCUUGGAAAAGCUUCGGGAACUCAGUUUCAGUGGCAUCCCCUGUGAGGGCGGACUGCGGUGCCUCUGCUGGAAGAUUCUCUUGAACUACCUCCCCGUGGAGAGAGCCUCGUGGACCUCCAUCCUGGCCAAGCAGAGGGAGCUGUAUUCUCAGUUCCUGAGGGAGAUGAUCAUCCAGCCUGGCAUUGCCAAGGCCAACAUGGGAGUGUCCAGGGAGGAUGUGACCUUUGAGGACCAUCCGCUCAACCCCAGCCCCGACAGCCGGUGGAACACGUACUUCAAGGACAACGAGGUGCUGCUGCAGAUCGACAAAGACGUCCGGAGGCUGUGCCCGGACAUCUCCUUCUUCCAGAGGGCCACCGACUACCCGUGCCUCCUCAUCCUGGACCCCCAGAAUGAGUUUGAGACCCUUCGCAAGCGGGUGGAGCAGACGACGCUGAAGUCCCAGACGGUGGCCCGGAACCGGAGCGGGGUCACAAAUAUGAGCUCCCCACACAAGACCUCGGCGCCGGCGUCCCUGAAUGAGUACCAGGUGCUGCCCAACGGCUGUGAGGCCCACUGGGAGGUGGUGGAGCGGAUCCUGUUCAUCUACGCCAAGCUCAACCCGGGCAUCGCUUACGUGCAGGGCAUGAACGAGAUCGUGGGGCCCCUCUACUACACCUUCGCCACUGACCCCAACAACGAGUGGAAAGAGCACGCCGAGGCAGACACCUUCUUCUGCUUCACCAACCUCAUGGCCGAGAUCCGGGACAACUUCAUCAAGAGCCUGGACGACUCGCAGUGCGGCAUCACCUACAAGAUGGAGAAGGUGUACUCCACCUUGAAGGAUAAGGACGUGGAACUCUACCUGAAGCUGCAAGAGCAGAACAUCAAGCCCCAGUUCUUCGCCUUCCGCUGGCUGACGCUGCUGCUGUCCCAGGAGUUCCUGCUGCCUGACGUCAUCCGCAUCUGGGACUCCCUCUUCGCGGAUGACAACCGCUUCGACUUCCUCCUCCUCGUCUGCUGCGCCAUGCUCAUGCUGAUCCGGGAGCAGCUGCUGGAAGGGGACUUCACUGUGAACAUGCGGCUCCUCCAGGAUUACCCCAUCACAGACGUCUGCCAGAUCCUACAGAAGGCCAAGGAGCUCCAAGACUCCAAGUAGCCCGACAGCGAGAGGCCCAGGUUUGGGAGAGAAGGUCCCUGUGCCCUGGCUUCCGGGACACGAAGAAGCCUGUGGGACCCCCCCACCCCGAGGGAAAGCCACGGGACUGGCCCGCUCCAGGCCUCCUCACCUGGCUGUGUCCCCCUAGGCCGCUCCCACCGGGGCCACACUGUGCCGUGCCCCUUCCUGACCACCGAGCCCUGGCUCGCUCUCCGCUCGUAGACCCUGGGACCCUUUCCCCAGGCUGUUGAGCACGGCUGGAGCUCCCGAAGCUGUUGCCCGGAGCUGGGGCGGAUUGGGGGCAUUGGGGGCUGCCAUAGGUCCCCCCCCGGCCUCCGCUCCGCUGCUCCCUGUCCUGCUCUGGCCUUGGGAGGAGGUGCUCAGCCAGUGAGCCAGAAACCACUUCUUCUGGGGGUUGGUGCUUAGGGUUCGCCAUGGGGACAGUGACACUGUGAGGGAGCUAAGGAGCUGCCAGGCCCAGGUCACACCCUCUGUCCCUCUCUCUCAGAGUGAGUGUGUGUGUGUGUGUCUGUAGUUGUGGGUUGGUGUGUGUGUGCGUCUCUUCAUCCUCCAGGUGUGUGUGUGUGUGUGUCCGUGUCCGUGUGGGUGUGAGGGAGGCAGGGCGCCUGAACCCCUCUAGGUCUCCGCUUCUCCUCCUCUGUCUCUGUGCGUGCCUCCCCCCCUUCUUCCUCCACCGCCCUCACGGAGGCUCCGUGAGUCUCUGUGUCUGUUCCUGGCCCGGCUCUCCCUCUGCCCCCCUCUCUCGGGGUGCCUUAUCCCCAGCCUCUUCCCCUCGCUCCUCCCUUCCGUGUCCGUGACACCCAGAGACGGGACGAGGAGUCGGGCUCAGCGAAGCCCCUGGAAGUCAACUGUGGCCUUGGUGCCCUGUUCCCACACCCGGCCCCAGGCUCCCAGGCCCCUGAGGCUGGGAGGGAGUCCGCAGGGCCUCUCUGGAGGGCCCUGGCCCUGGCCCUGGCCCUGCUCCCCCCGACGGAAAUCUUGGAAUCCAAAAAUCUGCUGAGAAAAGGUGGCCCGUGAAGCUUUGAGCCUCUUCCCCUCCUUUCUGCCCAGGAUGGAGGAGGGAGGAGGGCUGACCUUCCCGGGAUUUCCCCAAAGGAACAGGACAUCCAGGGGAUGCCGUACCAGGGUUUGGAGUCCAAGUGCUUCAGAACAGCCAUUCCCGUGGCUCCCAGAGCCCGCCCCAGGGAGGGUGAGCCCCUGAAGGACAAGUGGGACCAAAGGGAGCCUCGCCAGGCCAGGCAGGGCUGAGCUCAGAGGCCCUGGAUCCCGUCGGGGCCGAGGCAGCUGCGCGGCUCCCAGAGGGGCCGAAGGAGGUGCUGGCCCUUCUCUGGUCACCUGCUUGGGCUGUUCCCGGAUUCGGGGCAGGAGCACGUAGAGCAGCAGCUGUUGGCGACUCCCUCUGCUGGGCAGUGGGAGGAGCGGCUUAGUUUGGUGAAGUCCCGCCCUCCUUUUGUAAGGAGGCAGGGAGUUCGGGUCUGGAUGGCUGGGUAAUGUAGCAAGGGUCUUCAUCCUCUCCUCAGACCGGCUGGCAGGUGCCCGCUUGCCCCUGAAGCCUUCCUGAGUCGGCAGCCAGGACUUCCGCUGCCUGCAGGAGCCAGGCUGUGGGCCAGGCCGAACAGCUCCCCCUAGACGGCUCCUCUACCAGGCUGUCCCUUGGAUGCUGCUGGGACUUCUCUGCACUUGCCUUUUUGCCACCUCCUCUCAUAACAGUUUUUGGGAGACUUUGCUAUUUAUUCAGACUCCAGGUUAUUUAUUGCGGAUUGUCAAGUGCUUGGUCUGGGGAUGAGGGUGGGGGCUGGGAAGGUCAAAAGGAUUUGGAAGCAUGGGGCUUCCUGAUUUUCCGAGGUCAGACUCAGCAUCCUCUCCCCCUGCCUCUGGAACCCUCCUGGUUCUCCAGCACAUCCUGGCUGGGAGUGCUCUGAGCUCUGUACUGGAACUGAGUAUAAGGGAGGCUCCGAGACCCUGCCUGGGGCGGGGCACACUGCUUCCCGCCAGCCCGGGCCGCCUUCCCAGAGCUCAUCAGCCGGUUGUUCAGUUCCAGCUUUGACCUCUUCACAGUUGGAGGCUUGGGCCACAGCCUGGGACCCAGCAGACACUGCCCAGGACACCUGAUGCAUUCCCUCGCGCCUGUCCCCUUGCCUUCCCUUCUGGGGCCAUACUACUUGAAUCACUGCAUCUAAUUCGUCUCAGUGGCAGGCCUGAGACCGGUGCCCUCUCCUUGACUUUGGGUCAAGAGCACAGGGACCGUGUCCGGGUUUGGCUGAGGAAAGGACCUGCCCUUGGUGAUUCCCCCUCCCCAAACUCUCAGGAGGUUCCCAGAAGGCCAGAGCGCCCACGCUUCCUGCUUGGGCAGCAUCAGCCCCCAGACAUUUGAACACUCACAGAUCGGGCUGUGUGAGCUCAGCGGGCCUCACUCCAGAGGGUCCAAGUGUUAGUCUGCCCUUGUUUUUGUUUCGUUUUUUAAAUCGGUUUUGUUUCUUGAGUCAAUGCUGUUGAUGACAAGUUGUCUUUAAUAAAUAAUGUGUUCUCUACA